AUGAUUAGCUCCAUGAAGCUCAAUCUUAUCCUACUUCUGCUGCUGUCCGCGAUGCACGGGGCUUGGGGUUAUCCAGUUCCGCCGUCUAAGGUGUCCGGAAAACCUGAUUACUUUCUCAUCCUGCUGAACAGCUAUCCAAGCAGGCCGGACGGGAGCGAGGGACUGGGUGUGCUAAAGCCCAUCUUGGAGAAGGCGUUUAUGAAAAGAUCCUUUCGCAAUGGAGUUGGUACAGGGAUGAAAAAAACUUCCUUUCGAAGAGCAAAGCUGUGA